GUUACCUUUUCUUUGCUGCUUUCUCCUGCUGACAGAAUUGUAUAACUGUGUUAAAGGAAUCUGACUGGUACUUUACUCUCUGUUUAAACCGGGCUGUCCUGCCACCAGGUUGGAUAUUGAUCGCUUCUAUAGGUUGCUGCCUGAUCUCCCUGAGUGUUUGCUGUCCCUUCAAUGGGGUAUGCUAUUGGUGGGAAGAGCAGCUUCAUGCUGCAGUCUUAAUUUUUACAGCUAGGAGAUCUGUUUCCAUGUUUGCAGCUAAGAGAGGAGAAAAUAUGUGAAUAAUAUUCGUAUACAGAAUACUGUGCAUUUGUAAAAGUGUAGAGAGAUUCACCACUUGUUGGUAGCACGGCUGUGGAUCGGCAGAGGGAAGCCCUCGAAGGCAUCACACGCUCACAUUUCCCUCUGGACACACUUGGUACUGCCUCCAGCUGCAUUCCCUUCCAACUCGGGACCUUCUGUGAUUUCUGUGAUUCACACCGGGCUUGCAGGCUGGCUUGUGCUGCCAGGUGAAGGCAGGAGUGGGAUUUCUGGAGAAGCAUGGGUUAAUCCACAGGGUGGAGAGUACUCCCCCUCCCCCAGCACCCCCUACUUAAUUUCAGUUUCUAUUCCGGCUUUUGAGCUCAGAAACUGCACAGGGAAGAGCUUUAUUAGCCAGCACUGUUCUGCCUUUGCCAAGCUGCUGUUUCUAAGAGAUAAAACAAACCAACCGAAUUUGUAGAAAAAAGACUUCUUUUAAGUCUUAAUAGAUGUGAGCAGGCAGUUUAUCUUAUCUAGAAAAACCUAGCCCCAAAGCCAAACUUUCUUUGAAUUGUUAUCUAAGACUGUUUUGCACUUUUUUUACUUGGACAGGAAGAUAGAAGCAGAAAGAGUAGUUAUUAUUAUUAUUAUUAUCAUCAUCAUCACCACCAUUAUUGUCAUUACCAUAAUUAUUAUAAUUAUUACUAUUUUAGAUCUGAGGCUUACUGGUUUUCAAGAUUUACUUUCUUGCUUAACCACAGGAAGGCAAGGAGAGAGCAUUAGACUUGGGACACAGCCUUGAGUUUCUGUCUUUUUGACUCUCUAUGAAAAGAAACUGGAGAUAUGAGUUUUCUAUAGUAUCUCUCUUGCAUGGAGCCUGGCUUUGGUACGAGGACAUGAGACCACAGGUGCUUCCCACAUGUUUUGGCCCCAUACCAAAGCCAUCUUGUGUAAAAUAAGCCAAGUUCAACAACUGAAAUGCCCAAGUCAUUCCCUUUAGCUUGGGUUCACUGCCUAGCCUGGCUUGGCUCAAGGGAAAUCAGUGAGCUGUGUCUAAGCACUAGCGAAACCUUUCUGGGGUGGAGUGGGGAGUGCCAGUGGCCUGGUGCUGUUUUGAAGGCUGGAUAAAGUGGUAGAAAAUGCAAAAGCAUUGAAAGGACACAAAUGCAGAAGAGCAUCUAGGAAUGGCCUCCCAGACGAUCGUGACGAUCCAGCCACAGUAUGGCAGGCCCGCGGCCUCGAGGUGCAUUUGGCAGACGGGGCUGAUGGACUGCUGCUCGGACUGCAGCGUCUGCUGCUGUGGGAUGUUCUGCUUCCCCUGCCUCGCCUGCCAAGUGGCCGGGGACAUGAACGAGUGCUGCCUGUGUGGGACCAGCGUGGCCAUGAGGACCCUCUACCGCACCAGAUACAACAUCCCGGGGUCCAUUUGCUCUGACUUCUGUGUCACCUUGUGUUGCCCCGUGUGCUCCGUUUGCCAAAUAAAGAGAGACAUCAACCGCAGGAGGGAGCAGGGCAUAUUCUGGUAA